CAGUCACGAGUGAAAAAGAGACAGCAGCAGCUGAAUGCUGUCGUAAAAGUGUAAAAAAAUAAUAAAACUUUUAGUAAAAAUAAUUUAAAAAAUUGUAAUUAAUUAAUUUACAUUACGCGCAUUAUUGUAAUUAAAUUUGUCAGUUAAUUAAGUUCAAUAAUUACACUUUCAUUCGCUAACAUCCAAUUCAAUAUUUAACGUGACAUAUUUUGUUUUAACAUUUAUAUAUAUAUACAUAUAUACAUAUAUAUAUUUAUAUUAAUAAAGUGAUAUUGUGAUGAUUUAAUUAUCAAUUAAAUUCAAACGUAAUUAUGAAUCAGCAAUACAUGCAGCAGCCACAUUAUGGUCAACCUAGACCAGGUUACGAUGGAUUGAAUUCAAAUGUCCCAAAUAUGAAACCAGGUCCACCUGGACCAGGUUACCCUGGGCAGAAAGUGCCUCCUGGUAAUCAAGGCAACACUUUUUAUAAUUACCAGGGUGAUAACCCAGGAGCUAAUGGGCCACCACCAGCUCAAGGAACCGCGGGCUUGACGAAUCAGAUGUCCAACAUGAGUAUCGCGCCUAACUACCAGGGCAAUAACAUCAAUGGAUUUACCAGCGAUCAUGGUGACAAGCCUGGAUCAGCAGGAGCCCCAAGUCUUCCGCAGAACGCAAAUUUUAACCGAUAUCCAGGAGACACACAGGGACCGGUAAGUAUGGGCCAAAGACCGGCAUCUAAUUCGAGUGCUAUGCACCCACCGGAACCUUCAGGAACUCAGCAGUCACAGCCGCCGAUGAAUUUUAUGCCUCGACCUCCGGGAUAUCCACCAGGAGCGCCAGGCCAACAAAAUUCAUUCGGACCGCAAGCAAGUAAUUUAUCAGCACAUCAACCAGGAGCACGUGGACCACCUCCAGUUGGUUCUGGUCCUUUACCACCACCUGGAUCAUUUGGAUUACAUGGACAGUCAGGUCCUGGUCAAUUACCACCAACUGGAUCAACUGGACAACCUAGUUCUGGACAACUACCACCUGGUACUGGUCAAUUACCACCAACACAACAUGGUACUGGUCAAUUACCACCAGCACAACAUGGUCCUGGUCAAUUACCACCAGCACAACAUGGCCCUGGUCAAUUACCACCACCUGGAUUACAUGGACAGUCAGGUCCUGGUCAAUUACCACCAACUGGACCACCUGGAUCAAUUGGACAACCUAGUUCUGGACAAUUACCACCAGGACAACCUGGACCUUACCAACAAAACAUAAAUUACCAACGCGGACCACCACUGCCAGGUCAACCAGCUCCUUUCCCACCCAACCAAUCCCCCGUUCGUCAGCCUUACCCUCCUUACCAACAACCUCCCAACUAUCCUCAAGCUCAACCUCAACUAGGUCAACCUCAACCAGGUCAACCUCAGCCUCAAUACCCCUUCCAACCUCAAGAUCCCUACAACCGUUCCUACCAUCCCCAGCAGGGUGUCAACAUGCCCGGUGCCCAACCCUACCAACCCGGAGCUCAGCCCGCUCAAGCCAAGCGCCUAGACCCCGAGUCAAUGCCCAGCCCCAUCCAAGUGAUGCAAGACGACCAGAAAACCCGCGGUGGGACUUUCAUAACCAACCAGAAAGGUCUAGUUCCUCCCUUCGUCACCACGAAAUUCGUCGUCCAGGACCAGGGGAACGCCUCGCCCCGGUUCAUUCGCUCCACAAUCUACACCGUGCCCACAACCACCGACAUGAUGAAGCAAACCGGAGUCCCCUUCGGCCUCAUCCUCAGCCCCAUGGCCAAGAUAUCCGAGGGCGAGCAGGAGCCGCCCAUAAUCGACAUGGGGGAAGUCGGUCCCAUCAGGUGCAACCGCUGCAAAGCCUACAUGAGUCCCUUCAUGCAGUUCAUCGACGCCGGGCGACGUUUCCAGUGCAGCUUCUGCAAAGCGACCACCGACGUACCCCAAGAAUACUUCCAACAUCUAGACCACACCGGCCAGCGCAUGGACCGUUUCGAACGCCCGGAGCUGAUGCUCGGUACCUACGAGUACCUCGCGACGAAAGACUACUGCCGCAACAACAUCUUCCCCUCUCCCCCGGCGAUGAUCUUCGUCAUCGACGUCUCCUACAACAACAUCAAGUCCGGAAUGGUCGCUCUGCUUUGCCGAUCCAUGAAAGAGAUAAUCGCUAACUUACCCCGCGAUACCUACAGCGAGCGCACCAACAUGCGCGUGGGUUUCAUAACCUAUUCAACUUCCGUUCACUUCUACAACGUCAGCGCCUGCCUGACCCAGCCCCAGAUGAUGGUCGUCGGUGACGUCCAAGACGUCUUCAUGCCCCUCCUCGACGGGUUCCUCGUAGACCCCGAGGAAUCUGCGGCAGUUAUCGACAGUCUGAUGCAGCAGAUUCCUGCCAUGUUCGCUGAGACCCGGGAAACUGAGACCAUUCUCGCGCCCGCGAUCCAGGCGGGUCUGGAAGCUUGCAAGGCCUACAAUUGUGCCGGGAAGCUCCUGGUCUUUCAUUCCUCUCUGCCCAAUGCCGAGGCCCCGGGUAAGCUCAAGAACCGGGACGACCGGAAGCUCCUGGGGACCGACAAAGAGAAGACAGUUCUGGCGCCACAGAACAGCGUCUACAAUAACCUGGGUCAGGAUUGCGUCGGCGCCGGUUGCAGUGUCGAUCUGUUCGUCUUCAACAAUUCCUACAUCGACUUAGCGACCGUCGGUCAAGUCUGCCGACUUACCGGCGGAGAAAUUUUCAAAUAUACUUAUUUCCAAGCAGACACUGACGGGGAACGAUUGGUCCAGGACAUCAUCAAUGACAUCACCCGCCCGAUAGCAUUCGACGCGGUGAUGAGAGUCAGGACCUCGACUGGAGUCCGUCCUACUGAUUUCUACGGUCACUUUUUCAUGUCCAACACAACGGACAUGGAACUGGCGGCGAUUGACUGCAACAAAGCGAUCGCUGUUGAGGUUAAGCACGACGACAAGCUCACGGAAGAGGAAGGGGUCUACGUUCAGGUGGCGCUGCUGUACACUUCCGUUGGUGGGGUCAGGAGAUUGAGAAUCAUCAAUCUGAGUUUGAGGACUUCGUCGCAGAUGACUGAACUGUACAGAACCUGUGAUCCUGAUGCGAUUGUCAACUUCUUUGCUAAGCAGAGCGUGGUCAAGAUCAUUGAGAACUCGCCGAAGGCCGUCAAGGACCAGUUGGUUGCCAGGUGCGCGAUGAUUCUCGCGGCUUAUAGGAAACACUGCGCGAGUCCUUUCAGCGCAAGUCAGCUAGUUUUGCCGGAAUGCAUGAAGUUGCUGCCGCUUUAUGUCAAUUGUCUGCUGAAGAGCGACGCGCUUUCGGGAGGUUCUGAUAUGACUAUUGAUGACAGGUCAUUUGUUAUGCAAGCUGUGGUCACGAUGCCGCUCUAUACUUCUGUAAUAUAUUUCUAUCCGCGUUUACUGCCGCUCCAUGAUGUUGAUACCCAGGCUACGGAACUCCCACAGCAGCUGAGGUGCUCUUUUGAUAAAUUUACUGAUGAUGGAGCCUUUUUAUUAGAAAAUGGAAUACAUAUGUUUAUGUGGUUUGGUUUGUCUUUAUCAACGGAAUGGAUACAAGCUGUUUUUGGUACUCCGGUGGUCGAUACAGACCGCAGUUCUAUACCGGUUCUAGAUAAUCCAUUAAAUAAACGCGUUAGAGAUAUUGUCAAUCGGGUUCGGAUGGAGAGAUAUCACUGUAUGAGGUUAACAUUCGUCAGACAGCGAGACAAAUUAGAAAUGGUAUUACGUCACUUCUUGGUUGAAGAUCGUAACAGUGACAGCAGCCCCAGUUACGUCGAUUUUCUUUGUCAUAUGCACAAAGAAAUAAAAACUCUACUAAAUCAAUAAUAAAUUAAUUUAAAAAAAAAAAAUAUUAAUUACUAAUUUAAUUUAAAUAAAAUAAAAAUAACUCAAUGAAUUCCAUUAAUCAAUUAUUUUAAUUCAUUAGUUUAUUUUUAUUUUUUAUUUACUUUUUUUAUUUUAUAUUUAAAUUUCAUAAAAAAUUAGGAAGAAAAUAAAUCGGAAUUUUUUUUUUGGUUUUGAAAAAAAAAAAUUUUAAACACGCGGACAAAAUCUCAAGGUUUCAAGACCAAGACGAGAAAGAUUCAAAUUGCAAGGAUAUUUAUAACUAAAUGGUGAAGAAAAAUAUAUGAAUAAAUAAAUAAAUAUAUAUAUAUAUAUAUUUUAGUUUUUAGUUUUUAUUUUGUUAUGAUUUAUUUGUAAUGGUUUAAAUGAUUUAUAAAUUAAAUAUAUAUGUAUAAUUUUACUAAGUGAACUAGGUAACAAAAUAAAAAAAUUUAAGGUCAAUGUAAAAAAAAAAAUUAAUAAAUAAAUUUAUAUAUCAAAAUAAAAUAA